UUGUUUUUAAACUGAGCUAGAGAUCCUAGAUCCUAAUUGCAAAAUGAAUUCCGUCUCCCCAACGCUGAAUGUGAUCGUUAAAACACUGAAAUGAAUAAGACAUAAAGAAGACUGAAACUUGUGGCAAGUUUACUCUGUAGCAAUGAGAGUAUGCGCCUUUUCGUGGACCCCCUCCCCUUCCCCGUUCUCGGCACGUGGUCGGGGGUUCCUCUUCCAUCCCCCAACGAUGCGGCGAACCACCUUCCCUCUGUUCAAUUCAGUUGGCGUGUUUACCUCCGCGUCACCGGAAGCUCGAGUCAAGUUCGUUCCGUGUUCCUACUCAAUCGUCACGUCUCCGAUUCACGUGCUCGACGAAAUUCAGUGUUCGCCCCGCUCGUUGUAACCGUUUCGAGUUUUUGGCUCUCGCGUAGAUCUCGAUUUCCAGCGAUUGAAUUUUCCAAUUUUCAUCGGGAUCAAUUUUCUUAAUCUGGUUUAUUUUUUCUCUUUUUAUCAGUGAUCGAAUUAUUUUUGUUGUAAUAUUUUCCGGGUUUAAGUUGUGAGGUGUUUCGAUGAAUCAUUGGAUUAAAGUGUUUGAAAGUUCAGAGUUUCAAUACCUGACAUAAUUGGGUCGUUUUACUCUGAUUAUUGGGAUGUGAGCUGACGUCAAUGGAAUGAUUGGGGGAGGCGACCGGAACCUCACUGCUAUGCCUCCACCAAGAUGACGUCAUCCUCCCAGCUCCAGAAUCAGCAGGCCGACAAUUCAGAUAUCUUAUAUCCUGCGGAGCAGACGCUAUGCGGGGCUCUGUUGAGGGAGACCAACUGGAAAUGCUUCAUCCUCACCUCUCUCAUCAUCGGGUGCUUGGGUGCGGUCACAUGGUGCCGGGUUUCUCAUGUAACAAAGACUGUGAUAAACUUCUCGACGUACCCGAUCAAGACGAGUCGUCAGAUGUCGCCCUGUGACGAGGGGUACCUCUACAUCCCGGUGGCGUUCAUGGCCAUGCUGUACCUGGUCUACCUAGUGGAGUGCUGGCACUGCACGGCCCGCGUUGAGCUCGGCCACAGGGAGGACUCAGCAUCCGUCCUGCAGAGGAUUCAGCUCAUGAGACAAUCCCAGCCCAUUAUCUGGUGGAAAGCAGUGUGCUAUCAUUACGUUCGUCGGAAGCGACAGGUGACGCGCUACCGAAAUGGGGACUCGUACACGGCGACGCAGGUCUAUUACGAAAGGGUCAACUCACACGCGGCUGGAUCCAGCUUCGUCUACACCUUCUGUGGGGUCAAGGACAUUUCUAAACGUAUUGUCCUCAAUCAGGCCAAACGGCCUAUCACGAAAAUUCGCUUCAGCAAAGGUUUCGCAUUUGCAAAUGUGGACGCAGCGGCGGAUUUCGAGGAGCAGCGGGCUCGGUUCUUCGCGGAGCACGAACGUUACGACGACUACAUGGAGAUGCGGGAAGGCCUCGAGCUGAGCAACGUCUCCAACUUCAAGGAGGCGGCCAUCGUAGUCCACGACCCGGAUCACCCGCCGUGGUUCGCCUCCCAGCCCGUCUUCUGGAUCUCAUCCGCCUGCCUUCUAUCCUGGCCCCUCCGCCUUCUCCUCGAGUACAAUACCGCCUACGUCCACUACCAGGUGACCAAGCUGUUCGGCGUGAACUACGACACAGCCCCAGCACCAGCCUUGCUGCCUCCCCCGGCGCCUCCCGCGCCCCCCGCCCCGCCCCCGGUGGCGGGCCCCCUCACCUUCACCCGCGUGCCAACCGCCCGAGAGACCGACUCCGUCAACUCGGCCGUCCUCUCCAGCGACGACGUCGAGUUCAGCUGCAGCGAGAACGUCUGCCUCAUCCCCAGCUACUCCGAAGCCCUCCUCAUCCAGGUCGACGACCCCACCCCUCCAGCGCCCUCUGGCGACCCACCACUCGAAACUCAAACGCACACAGGGAGCACGCAGACUGAGAGUAUACCGGUGCAGACUGAGAGUAUACCGACUGGGGUCGGAUCGGCGCAGGCUCAUUGCGGGAGCGCGCCAAGCCUAAGAAUCAAUGCCUUAAAUAGUUUAUUUAGCUUUAACGUCAACAACAACAACAACAACAACAACAACAACAACAGCAUCUCGGCAUCGAGCCGGGAGCGGCGGCGGGAGAACCGUCGGUCGUGGGGUGGGAUCUUCAGCGUGAAGACAACGCCGAUGCCGCCACUGACGCGGUCGUCGACGCAGAACGGGAUGCUCUUGUACUACGCGGCGCCGUUGACGGAGACGUUCCCGAACGAUCCCUUCGGCGGGUGUCGGGUCACCUCGCCGGUCGAGGAGCCGCCCCCGCCCUACGAAGAAGCUCUCCGGUUCCCGACCAUCUCCACGCUCACGCGGUCCCUCACGGAGCGCGGAGAGAUCUGCCGAAGAGCCCUCUGGCCCGUCCAGAGGAGGUCUGAUUCCACGGAGAUCCGGCUCCCGGAUAACCCGCCCAGGGCGUAUAUUAAUAUGGAGACCAGUCUCUAACACAAGCUCAAUUCGUUAUCCUUGAAACCGGUUCGUUGGUGUUUCGGUCGCUGGGUUGAAAGAGGCUCCAAAAAAAAUUGCCCCCAUUUUUUAUUGGGUCACUGAAGUUGGCCGGUAUUAGCCGGAAUCUGUAUUUAAGGGUUGCUUAUUCUACAUGGAGACCAGUCUCUAACAUGAGCUCAAUUCGUUAUUCUUGAAACCGGUUCGUUGGUGUUUCGGUCGCUGGGUUGGAAGAGACUCCAAAAAUCGCCUCUAUUUUUGAUCGGGUCACUGAAGUUGGCCGGUAUUGGUCUGACUGUGUUUGAGGGUUGCUUAUUAUACAUGGAGACCAGUCUCUAACAUAAGCUCAAUUCGUUAUUCUUGAAACCGGUUCGUUAGUGCUUCGGUCGCUGGAUCGGAAGAGGCUCCAAAAAUCGCCCCUAUUUAUGAUUGGGUCACUGAAGUUGGCCGGUAUUAGCUAGAGUUGGUCUGACUGUAUUUGAGGGUUGCUUAUUAUUAUACAUGGAGACCAGUCUCUAACAUAAGCUCAAUUCGUUAUUCUUGAAACCGGUUCGUUGGUGUUUCGGUCGCUGGGCUGGAAGAGGCUCCAAAAAAAUUGCCCCCAUUUUUGAUUGGGUCACUGAAGUUGAACAGUCAGAACAAUCAGAACAAGUUGAACAAUCAGAAUCGGUCUGACUGUAUUUUAAGGUUGCUCCUUUAUUAUACGUUUUAAAGGCAAGCAGAAGCCGCGCUCUGGAAACGAGAUAAACAUCCAUUUUUGGGAGAGUUCCCCUGGAAGGUAUUGAAUUUGAACACCAACUAGACGACAUUCUGCAUAAACUUUAAUUGAAAAUUAUAUGUUUUUAUCCGACACUAAGUACCUACUAUUGAGUGUUAAAACAAACGAGAUCUAGAAAACACCAUAAGCAAGAGUCUGUAAUCAAUGGCUGUUUUAUAAGGUUCACAGAGACCUGCUCCUGGGUGAAGGAGCUCUGAGAGACAAGCUUAAGGUCACAAUCUACAGAAAAGCCACGUUGUCUUUCUUUAACUGUCACUAGGGUACUAAAAGAAGGUACUUUUCUCAAUAAAAAUCAAAAGAUCUAUUUCUAAAAACUGCAGAAGUCCGUAAAAAAAAACAUCUUAAUUCAACUUUUCAAGCAUUCUCUGUGUCGUUAAUAAAUAAGGUAAAAGUUAGAGUCACUUUCGACUUUUUCACAAUCAGGGAUUUUUAUUUACAUUUUAUUUAAUUAUUACCACCUGAGGAACCGCUAUGUUACGUAUGUCGUUAAAAGUUUGCGUAACUUUCAUCUUCGCUUACGAGAACAAAUAUUAAGUUCUGUUCCCUCGCAUGACAUUCACGUGGAGGGAUUGAGUUUCAUUUAGGUAUUGCGAAAGGCAGACUGAAUAAAUCAGUAAUCGGAUGGGUAAUAGAAGAGGAUCGAAGAUCAUGAAGUUACAGCAAACGAAUUGGUGCAACUACUCGUGCUUGAUGGACGUCCGUAUUGCAUAUGCAGAAAACUGAAGGCGCACUUACUUUCACGUCGCUCGAUACAACAAACUCCAUUGUUUCCAAUCUUCACCCAGACGACAUUUUGAUGGGUAAGGUGUCACGACAGCUGGGACUAUCCCAUCAAAGUGCCAUGAGUUAGAGAGGAUGAAAGAUUUGUUUUCAUGUGAUUUUAGACGAAAACCAGCGGCGAAACUUUACCUCGGACUCCAACGCUCAUAUCGUCGGCCAAAGUGCAAAACCACGUAUCUCCGUUUGAAACGUUGCAGACUCCCUAUUAUGCUUUAUUUUUUCCUCUGAAAAACUAGUCGACGUAAUUUAUUGAAAACUUCACUGAUUUUUCUUCUCUGUAAACGGAGGAUUCUGUAUGAAUUUCAAACUGUUGAGUUUGCUUGGUUUUUUCCGAAAAAAGAAAAAAGAAAGUGGAAAUGUUGAAGCACUGCAUUAGAGAUACCUACCUUCGUGGUUUUGAACUUUGGCCAUCGGUAUAAGUACCGAUGAAUUGUUACCGUACAGAAAAUUAGAGACACGUCAUGUGAUUGAAGAAUGUUACAGAUGAAGGAGUUUGGGGGAAAAUUUUUUCAAUCCUCGGGACACUUUAAAUUUUUUGUACAUUUUUUAUAAAAUAUUUAUUGGUCUAAAGUAAACCGAAAACUGUGCCCAAUCGUUUUUUUUUCCGAAAAUUUUUUUGGAGAAUGACUCUUGGAAUUUUUCCUCUGCUUCGUCCUCGCUUAGUCCUUUAUUAUUUUUAUUAUGUGUGAGGCUUCAUUAAGAGGCUAUGAAUUAUGACGUGCCGAAAAUUUGAAGGCGCCUUCAAAAUCCUCUAUUAAAUAUGAGCGAUAACUAUUUUAACUUGGUCGUCGUGGGGUUGCAUAUAUACGAUUUUGAAGGCGAUUUUUGCUCAGUCUUCUGAAGUAAAUGAAGCCUUCCUAUGAUUCCUUUCUAUUCUUUUUUUUUGACACUAGAUUUUUGCUUGAACUUAUAUUUUGAAAAGGGAGUAUUCAUUUCAAACAGGCACUACCAACUGUCUGUUUGCUAGCUUUGUUCCAACUAGUUAGGCACUGUGUGUCGUUCCAUAUUACAAAAAUAAACUUUGAGUUCUCUAACUCUAAUAAUGAGUUUUAUGAUAGUUAAAUAGCAUAUGUCUGCGCUCAAUAUUUUAUUCUUCAACAUUUUUACAAUGUAGACUCUAAGAGAAAAUAAUUUUAUGGAAAUUAAUUGGUACCUUGAUACAAUACAUACAAGAUUAUACGAAUAAGCAUCCAGCAAAAUAAUUAUUUUACUCAGCUGCUUACAACUUCAUCUGUGACAUCAUUCAAUUCGAUAAUACUAUGAUGUAGGUACUUGGGCGAAACUAGGGCAGAGUUGACUGCACCCCCCCUCCCUUUCUAACCGUGGAUAUCUAGUUUGACUCUAUCAGAAAAUUGAGGGGGUAUAGCAUAAUAACUGCGCAACAUUUCAGUUAUCUUUGAAAUGUUAUUUGACAUAUUUGUUGAAAAGCUAAGCUCAAAACUAUUCCUGAUACAACUCAAAGGAAGCCUCCUUGGCCUCUUGGGCUCUCCCUCUGAGGCUAGGAGAUGCCCCUAUCCUCCUUGGUGAAAUGCCUUCCUUGCCUUAAAAUCCAAAAUCCCCUCCCCCCCUCCCCCCGGCCCCAAAGAAAAAUUCCUAGUUUCGCCCAUAAUAUUUUGUAAUACCUCCAAAGUAUCCUUUGAGGAUUUAAAACUUGACACUAUGAUCAGCAAAUAAAAAUUCAAAUAUAUGUAUUGUUCCUAUAGACAACUCACAGAGGUUAUAAGCAAAUAAUAUUUGGAUAGGGAACAGGCAUCCCUCCUCAGCAGAAGUAUGCAGUUGCUACUUACGUAGGAAUCCAGGCUAUUACUUUUUGGAAACAUUUCAUGAUUCAUUGCAAAAACAAUUUGGUAUUACCAUGCUUGAUUUCAUUCCAACAUCGGAUGCCUCAAUCUGGGUCUGGGCAGAGAGAACGACUAAAAAACUGAGACCUUGCGCAAAAAUACUCUCAACAAUCUGCACUGUUAUACCGCACAACUACCUUAAGCUUAAGCAGGUUUAAGGUUAAACUUAACCUUAAGUAUGUUUUAACUGAGUUGAACCUCUAUAAAUAAUUCAACUUUUGUCAGAUUAUUUUUUGAAAUGUAAAAAUUAGACUAUUGUUAAGAAUGGCUCAGCAAUCGCCAAUCCUUUUUUUCUUUUUCAACUUUUCAUUUCAAAAAAGUACCCUAUCCUGAUGUAAAUAUUUCGAACUCAACAUUCCUUCAUUCGUAAUUCAAUCCCUAUUUUUGUAAAAUCUUCUCUACCUCUCCAAGUAUCCCGUAAUCUUCUUCAUUUCUUUUCUUCUCAUGUUGUAACUAGUCUCAUUACUCUAUCCACCUACCUAAGUCUCUACAGAUUAUUAUACAUUUAUUGCAAUAUUGCAUAAGAUCGCUCAUUUAUACUUGUGUUGCUGUUUAUUGAUGCCUUACUGUUGCCUGGGGAAAUUUCUGCAUUGAUCGGCAGAUUUCUUCUAUAUGUGCUAAAUAGUUUGCGUGUCUUCUGUCUUCGCAGUCUUGAUAGAACAACCCAUGAAAUUUCUUUAGCACUGACAAACCUUGUGACUGGAUGUCCGGAGUCUCAUAAAUCAGUAAGAGCAAAGGCAAAAUUGCUGAGAUUAGGCAAUUGAUAUUUUAGCGAAAGAGAAACAAAAAAAAUUCAUGUUUCUUAUUUUUCUAAAAAAUAGCUCCUAUAUAAACGUUUUCCCUCUGAAACAAAGGAACGUAUCUCGUCCGCACUAUUUCAAUAUUUCUACGAAUAUGUUUUCAUGGGAGAACCAUUGCACAAAUAUCCGAGAAUUUUAAGAUCUCUUCUCACAAACGUAAAAAAAAAAUUAACUGUACGUUUCAAGCAAAUGUGUGCAACGGUUUUCCAAUGAAAAAAUAAUAAUAUAAAUAUAAAAAUAAAAUAAAAUGUCGAUGAGAAAUACUGGAACAGUGCAAUCGAAGUGAGUUCAUUUGUGCAUGAGACGAUAAAAAGUAUGCAAUUGCUGUUUUUGCUCUUAGGGAUUUCAAGCCUUAUUGACCUUAUUGUAAGCGGUCUUUCAUGAUGUAAGUCAACAUACAAGUAUGUUAUUGAGCUCUUUCAGAACUGCUGAUUGAAAGAGUAAAGCAAUGCAAUCAUUUAAAUGCGAGAGUCAAAAUGCGAAAUUGUGUUCAACCUGACAAAAAUUGGCCUCUCAUAAUUCAUUAUGGUAGAAUUAUUAAACUACUUGAAUAUGAUUCCCCCUUGUUUUGAACCUUAAAGUUUCCAGUUGCCAUUUUUAUUGUAAGUGAAGCUGUUACCAUAGUUUUUAAAGAUUUUUACAACAUUGAUAAAGUAUUAUUUUAAUUUUGACUUGACAUUAUGUCUACUGAACCAAAACUUGGGUCAUUAAAAUUAGCAUUGCUUUAAGAGCUGCUUUUAAAAGUCUGUUUUUGAUGUAAGAGUUGAAUAAUUAAACUAUAUUUAAUUGAA